AGCGGAAACCGACAAGUGCGAAUGUGGCCUCAGUCGCCAGACUGUGCGCCAUAUUUUGCUUGAAUGUAGAAACUGGAUAGAAGAACGAGAAGAAAUGUGGGCAGGCAAACCUCCAUGCGCUGACAUCAAGCGCAUCCUCAGCAACUCGACAAUGGCAAUCAAAGCAGCCAAGAUGAUCAUCAGGACGGGACUGCUAAGUCAAUUCAAAACGGUCCUGUCCACGGUACUUCAAUAGCGCAACCAGCGCAAGGUAGACGAGUGUAUACCUCAUCUUACAGAAGGCGAGGAGGGCCGGGAAGGGCCUGACAAGUUCAUAGACACAGAACCAUCAUCAGAGCUUGAUACAUAGACGCAUCGUCUAAGCUGCGAGGAGAAAGUAGAAUUCUGACCAGGAACGACGCUUCUCUCUUCGUAGCGAAUGAUGAUGAAGGGUAGAUAGUUGUACGCUGCAUAGCUGCUCGAAUAAUGGCGCCUGGGACAGACUAUGAAAUCCAAAUCCAAAUCCAAAUCCAGCUGCACUGGUAUGUUCCUCAAAUUAUAAAGAUGGUCUGGAAUUUCUAAUUUAUUCUUCGGUGACUACGUAUGUAAAUAAGGGUAACCUUGAUUUGAUUCAAUUUAAUGUCUUUUCCGUCGAAACCAGUCUGAACACCUGCUGAUCAACGGAACUUUUAGGCUACAUACCGUAAGGGGUCAACACUGCGAUUGGUCAAUCAUUUGAGUUAGUGAAUAUCUGGCCACCAGUCGCAAUUAGUAGUGGCGCUAGCCAGCGAUAGACUGGGUCACAAACUGGGUCUUACAAGGCCAUUCAGCACUGCUUUCUAAUCCAGACGCCGCAGAUAAAUUUGCCACUACCGAUCGCCUUUUCCCGCAUCUACCAUCGUCGUGACGACAAUUCUCAGCAACAUAUCUCCAGCAACGGCUUGUUAGAAAUGCCAGGUGUGCCUUCUAAUCGUGGUUGCGAUGCGUGUAAGAACGAUCGCAAAAGAGUUAAUACGCCAUCUUCUCUAGAACCAGCGCCUAAGCUAACCACGCGUCAAUAGUGUGAUAAACAAUUGCCCGCAUGCAGCAGAUGCGCACGCCGGGGUAUUCCAUGUAUCGGCAAUGGCAAACUGCGGUAUAAGUUCAAAAUAGAGAGACAAUUCCCACAAAAUAAUGCAACCGUCUCGCAGCUCCAAGGAUUCUCCGAGACGCAGGGCCUUUGUUGGAUGCCAGUUCGAACACUUGACAGUAAUGUUGACCGGCUAGUUGCUGCAUAUUCGUCACUAUUGAUGACGAAGAAUGCCAAGUACAGUCUCAACUGCUUCGGCCAGUUGUUCGCUUGCAUUCCGUCACGGUUGGGUGCUGACGAUGUGCUCGACCUUUCUGCGGAUGCAUUCUUGGAGGGCUUGGUUGGCAUUUGGGCGCCUAGUCCAAAGCAGAGAGUGAAAGCCAUGACUAAGCAUGGAGUGGCGUUGAGAUGUUUGCGUAAUGCUCUAUACAAUCCUGCACUCGCUAAGUCUCCUUACACACUCUACGCAACUAUUUUAUUUAUGAUAUCACGGAAUUGGUUCUCGAAAGACUGUGCGGCUCACGUUAGCCACAUGGAGGGCAUUGCAUACUUGUUAAACACAAGCGCUCGUGAUGAGUGGACUUGUCAAGACGACAAUUUGCGCGUUUGCAUAAUCUAUCCUGCUGCCAUAGAAGCAAUUGUCAACCCCAAGAUUAAGGUUAGCCAAUGGUAUAAAUUCCGCGACACACCUGCCUUUGGCCCGCACCAACCUCUUCAUGAGCACCAUGGCCAGCCUGUUCAAUCGCUCACUCUAUCCGCCAUUCUCGAUUUCCCGAGGCUUUUAGAUGAGCCAGAGCGCAACCAGGGUACAAUUUUGGCAGAAUAUAUGCGCUUACGGUACGAAUACCCCGUUAUUUUGAAAAGAUUGAAUGCCUUACGUAACGCUAUGGAUUCAAUGGGCCCACGACGUAACCUGGUUGCAGCACAAGUUCAACUGGAGACAGCUUGCAUAUACAUGCUCUCUUACACGCUUAUUCUCAAUGCCUUUCUCGCGGCUCUCGAUCCGCUGAAUACUACAUUGCAUCAUGAAUCUAUAGAGCUUGCGAGCGAAGCUAUUCGAUUAUCAAAGGAGAGUGGGUCACACUUGCCUGCUAGGAUGGGAUUUGUCCCGUGGGCUCUCCUGGCAGCAUGGGCUACUGCCAGCGACGAGAAUGUUACUCGAACAGUCGUGCGUAUGAUCCAACAGCGCGACGUAUAUGAUGUAUACUAUGCGGAUCUAGCGUACAUUCGCAUGUUUCGUUCAUUGCAACAACGGAUUUUAAUGCUGAGGUUGAGUACAAUCAAGAGUCUCUGUUGUGCGGAAGAAUCAUCCACUACUAGGAAAGAGAAGAUCAGUCUUAAUUGGGGGCGCAACGGUCCUAGCUGACAGCUACAGUAGCUAGUGUUACAGACAGACAUCACACAGCCAACCUGUCUAGGCCGCCACCGGCGAUGGAUAACGUAAUUUACCAGUAAGUGGACCACUUCAGUAAGCGGCCCACCCAUAGCAGUUAGUAUCGCGAGUUUCAAGUAGUAUUAGAGCAAAUAAAUAUAAAUAAAAGUUCAAUUAAUUUAAAG